AUGUCUGUCGAGUGCGUAUAUGCAGCCUCUAGCGCUGCGCUUGCAUCAGCAUUGGUGUCUCCAGCAACUUGCAUAGAGCUUUCACCUCUCACAAUGCUGAUUCCCUUGCGUCGUCUCCGAGAUAGCAGACCUCUCACCCAGCUCGUCAAGCGAACUUUGACCGUCUCCAACCCCAACAACCAGCCUGUUGCUUUCAAGGUCAAGACCACCGCUCCCAAGCAGUACUGCGUUCGACCCAACUCGGGCCGCAUUGAGCCUGGCGAGAUGGUCGAAGUGCAAGUCUUGCUUCAGCCCAUGAAGGAGGAGCCCCCUUCUUCCGCCAAGUGCCGAGACAAGUUCCUUGUGCAAUCCACCAUCAUCACUCCCGACUUCGAAACCGCAUCCCUCCAAGAGAUUUGGCCUGUCAUCGAAAAGGAGAACAAAUCAGCAAUUCACGAACAAAAGAUCCGAUGCGCUUACCUUCCCGCUACCACCGCUCCUCUCGCCGAAGAGGACGAAGGCAACACCAGUCACCUCUACGCUGAUGAACGCUACACCACCGUUCGUGGCGCACCAAACAAGUCGAAUGGCGACGACAGCUCCUCUUUUCAAACAUACAACCCUAUUGCUGCUGCUCAGGAUGCUUCUGCCAACACCGAUGGUCCCACGACUCGAAAAGCUAAAGAGGCCUCUUACGCUGCUGCAGGUGCCGUUGCUGCAGGUGCAGGUGCCGCUGUUGCUGCUACACGCAACGCCGCUUCCGGUGCUGUCAACCGUGCCUCGGCUGCUAACACUAGCCAUGUCAGCAACUUGUCCCAGAACGAAUUGCAAGCCCAAGUCGCUAGACUCAGGAAAGAGUUGGAUGAAGCUAAGAGAGCUGGUCCUACAAGUGGCAAUGUGCACACUGCUUCGGCUGAAGGUGUACCCGUUCACAUUAUCCAGUUGCAGCCCAAUCGAGCAGAGCUAUGA